AAAAACACUCCAAUUUUUUUUAAAAAAGUGCAUUAUCUUCGUCGUCCUCGUCGUCCUCGUGUGAGUAGCCAUGGCCAUGGCGGGGCUAAGCUCGUCGAGCUCGGAGAUGGAUCUGGACCGUCCGAUUCUCGAGGAUUACAUCUCCACCGAUUCCAUCCAACGCAUCCCCCAAACCCUUCACCUGAGGGAAUUACUUGAUAUAUCCCCUACUUUAACCGAGGCCGCGGGCGCCAUCAUCGAUGAUUCCUUCACUCGUUGCUUCAAGUCGAAUCCCCCGGAGCCAUGGAACUGGAAUGUGUAUUUGUUUCCUUUAUGGUGUUUAGGAGUUGUCGUUAGAUAUGGGAUUCUUUUUCCGUUAAGGCUUGCAGUCUUUAUUGCAGGGUGGAUAGUAUUCUUUUUAACCUUUUUUCCAGUACACUUCCUGUUGCCAAGCAGUAAUAAGUGGAGGCAUAAAAUGGAGAGAAUAUUGGUUGAGAUGAUGUGCAGUGUGUUUGUCGCUUCAUGGACAGGGGUGAUCAAGUACCAUGGACCUCAACCAAGCAUGCGACCUCAUCAGGUGUUUGUUGCCAACCACACUUCCAUGAUUGAUUUCAUCAUUUUAGAACAGACGACAGCAUUUGCUGUUAUCAUGCAAAAGCAUCCUGGCUGGGUUGGGUUUAUUCAGACAGCAAUUUUGGAAAGCUUGGGUUCGAUAUGGUUCAAUCGUACAGAGUCUAAGGAUCGUGAAGUGGUCGCAAGAAAGUUAAGGGAACAUGUUCAGGGACCUGACAACAACCCUCUUCUGAUAUUCCCAGAAGGAACCUGCGUAAAUAACCAGUACACAGUCAUGUUCAAGAAGGGUGCUUUUGAACUUGGUUGUGCUGUUUGCCCAGUUGCAAUAAAAUAUAACAAGAUUUUUGUGGAUGCCUUCUGGAACAGUAAGAAGCAAUCUUUUUCGAUGCAUUUGUUCCGUCUUAUGACAUCAUGGGCUGUUGUCUGCGACGUUUGGUUCUUGGAGCCUCAGUACCUAAAGCCAGGAGAAACACCUAUUGAAUUUGCUGAAAGGGUUAGAGACAUGAUUUCCGUCCGAGCUGGUCUAAAAAAGGUUCCUUGGGAUGGAUAUCUCAAGUACUUUCGUCCGAGCCCCAAACUAACAGAGCAGAAGCAAAAGAUAUUUGCAGACUCUGUACUGCGGCGGCUGGAGGAAAAAUGAGAGUUGUAAAAUGUCACCUUUUUUUAAAUUUUUUUAAUUUUUUUUUUCCCCUUGGAACUCUGCUCGGAGGCGCUACUGUAUAGAGUCUUCUGAUGCAUUGCCUCUACUUGUUAUUUUUACUUUUUUCCUAGAACAAUUGAUACUUUGCUUUUAUGCAGUGAUGUAAGCUGAUAAGCAUCCUUUGUUUACAUUACUCUGUUUCUAAAUGCACUCUGCUUUUCAUCCAA